UCCGCUGAUGACCACAAUGUUGGCACGUUGCACUCUGGCCCCUUUGGCCUCUUAGGUGCCCUAGGCUCCAUUUAUAUAAGCCGGCCCUUUUAGCAUCGAAAUGGACCCCUUUUUUUACGCCUACCAUUUGCUUCGAGUAAAACUCAUCCAAAGACAUCCCGGCGUCAAUGGCGAAGGAGAUCGCGACGCCGGCAAACCUGACGCUUUACUCAUACUGGCGGAGCUCGUGCUCGCAGCGAGUCCGGAUCGCUCUCAAUCUCAAAGGAUUGGAUUAUGAGUACAAGGCUGUGAACCUUCUAAAAGACGAGCAAUCGAAUCCAGAAUUUGAGAAGAUCAAUCCAGUUAAAUAUGUUCCGGCUUUGGUGGAUGGGGAUACAGUGGUUUCUGACUCGUUUGCAAUCGUACUGUAUUUGGAAGACAAGUAUCCUCAAUAUCCACUUUUGCCACAAGAUCUUAAAAAGAAGGCCCUCAAUCUCCAGGUAGCAAGUAUUGUGAGUUCAAGUAUCCAGCCUCUUCAGAAUCUUCCUGUCCUGAGUUGGAUAAAGUCAAAGUUCAAUGCUGAUGAGAGACUUAAAUGGGCUCAGAACCAUAUCAAUAAAGGCUUCAUAGCCCUUGAGAAACUGUUAAAAGACUGUGCUGGAAAAUAUGCUACAGGAGAUGAAGUCCAACUGGCAGAUGUCUUUCUGGAGCCUCAGAUCUAUGCAGGGGUAAAGCGUUUUCAAAUUGACAUGUCUCCUUACCCUACUCUUGCCAGACUUCAUGAAGCAUACUCUGAGCUACCUGCAUUCCAAGCUGCACUACCUGAUAGACAGCCAGAUGCGCCUUCCUCAUCCUAAAAGUCACAAAAAAGAUGGACCUGUCUGAUGGGUUAUCAACCAUAAAAGGAAAGCCAACCGGUGGAUUCUGUGUUGUCUUUGUUGUGUUACUUAUAUCAUGUUACUAUUGUCUUUCUAAAUAAUAUGUAUCAUCCAAAAAGUAGGAGAAACUACUA